CUGUGAACUUCACCCUGGUGGAAUGGGUUUUACUGGAUUCCUCACAGAAGAAACUCUACAGAGAUGUGAUGCAGGAGAACUUCAGGAAUGUGGUCUCAGUAGGAACAAAAUGGGAAGAUCAUGACAUUGAAGAGUGGUACGAAAACCAGGGGAGAAAAUUAAGAAGUCCUAUGAUAAAGAGAAUCUCUGAAAGUAAAGACAGUAGUUACUGUGGAGAAAACUUCACCCUUAUUCCAGCUCUCAAUCUGAAGAAGGAAACUCCUGGUUUAAAACCAUGGGAAUUCGGUGCCUGUGCAAAAGUCUUCAUGCAUCAUUCAUCUCUUAAUAGUCACAUUAAAUGUCACAUUGAAGACAAACCAAGAGAGCAUCAAAGUUCUCUUCGAACACAUGAAAGGAGUCACAAUGGAGAGAAACCCUAUGAAUGUGAACAAUGUGGAAAAACCUUUAAAAGUCCUAAAACUAUUCGAAUGCAUGAAAGAAUUCACAGAGGAGAGAAACCUUAUGAAUCUGGGCCAGGCAGCAUGCAGGGAAUCUUAGUUCCCCAACAAGGGAUGGAACUUGUGCCCCCUUCAGUGGAAGCCUGGAGUGUUAACUGCUGGAAGUCCUGAAAGAAUUGCAUUAAAAGUUUAUAAAUAUGUUAUGGUUACUAAAGAUUCUUCUUCAAGUAUGUCCUUCAGUGAUGGAUUUCUGCUAAUUUAAGAAAUGAAUAUUAAAGUGAGUUAAUUCUGUAAGUUGUCUUUCAACAAUAGUACAUAAGGUUCAAAGGUCCUUUUUCCUCCUUUAGUCAGAUAGUGAUUUUUUUUCUUUUGAUACUUGAAGCCUGUUGGAUCCAUGGGUGAAUUUAAUGUAUUUCUAGUAUGCAAUGAGGCUUCAAUUUGUAUAAUUUUCUAUUCAUUCUCUGUUAAUGGGCCAUUAAAAAGUGGUAGUUUGGUAUUUGUAGGGAUUUUCCUAGUAGCUUUGUGUGGCAGUUCCUGGGUAUUUACUCCUUCAUAUAUAUUGUAUCCUUUCUACUGAGAAAGAAACCUUUGGGUGGUAGUGCAUGUAGGAGCCUUUUUCCAUUUUCCAUUCUAUUAAACACUUGAAAUAAAUUUUGUGUAUGGCUGGGAUGUCAAAGACUAUACUGUUAUGUAAAUAAUGAUUUUUCCUAUUUGCUUUUUGUGUUUCCUUCUGACUGGUAUUUGUUGAGUAGACUGUGAAAGUUGUGAUAAUACAAAAAUCUGGCGUCAGAGAUAUCUUGCCUGUGAAUAAUAGUAGGACCUAGACUCUCCAGAAUCCAUCCCCUUUGUGGUUCCAUGUUAGCAUUCACCAAUAGCUCAUCUUCGUGUGAUUUUAAAGCAGAUGCAAAGACAUUCUUCAGAUAUUGGAGCCCCCACACUGGGAGAGAGGCAGAUACAUAGGAGCUUCAAGGACACCAUCUUCCAGCUUAUUUUCCAGAUUCUGUGUCCUUGUAGUCGAGUAUUAUCAACACCACCAACAAAUGUUUGUUUUCCAUUUUUAUAGAUGUAUAGCUUCCCCUGAUGUCUUCAUAGCUUCCACAUCAAAGAUCCAUCAGAGUUUGAAAUUUUUCUAUAAGGCUUCUUGUGUCUACUAUGAAUGUAUUUCAGUGUUUUAUGGUUGGGAAUAUUCUCUGAUUCCACUCUUCUCUGGAUUAUAUCUUUGUUUCUCUGCUGCAUUGUGCAGUAGCAUCCUUGACCCAUUGUUUCCAUGUGAGAAUAGGCACCUUCCUUCUCUCAGGAGGGUUGUGGGUAUUUCCUGUUACUUGUAGCUGAGUGUAAUUUUUCAAUAUGUUUUUUAUUGUAUUGUAUUUUAUAUGAUUAAAACCAAGUUUUUGG